AUGGCAUACACAUACGCAGAAUCGUAUAAUCCAAAUCUGACAUGUUGCAUAUGCCGCAUGCCAUUUUUUGAGCCAGUUACUACUAGGACAUGCUCACAUACCUUCUGUCGCGAUUGCAUUCUCCAUGCUAUGGAGGCUUCGGCGCACUGCCCAAUAGAUCGCUCGCCGUUAGUGUUGGAGGACCUGCUACCCGCGAGCCCUGUGGUCAGACAUCUGGUCGAGGAAUUAAUAGUCGAGUGCCCACGUCGGUCCUCAGGAUGCACCUAUACAUGCCAGAGACAGCUCCUUGCAUCUCACGUCGACCAAUCCUGCCAAUACGUCAUCAUCCCAUGCAGGGAUCCGAGCUGUACCCUUACCCUCUUGAAAAAGGACGCGGAGAGGUACGCCGAUAUCUGCCCUCAUCGUUUGGUUAAAUGCGAAGGAUGCUCCUUGGAAGUGAUGACGGUCGAUCUCGAGGCACAUCAAUUGGUUUGCACGGCAACGACGAGCACAGUCUGUCAAUUCUGUGACCAAGAAGUCUCGUCAGCGAGUUUGACCACUCACGGCGCGACCUGUCCAGACAUCAUCAUCCCGUGUACUCAUUUCUCCAACGGAUGCACAUGGACUGGUCCACGCCGUAAUCUUUCAGACUCACAUAUAUCCGUAUGCCCAUACGAAGCAAUCAAGGGCUUCUUCAGUAUCGCUGAAGCUCGAACCGUGAAGCUUGUCGAGGAGAACGAGUCAUUGCGACAGAAAUUAAUGGCGAUGGAGGGCAUGACCCAGAUCAUGAGGAGGGAGCUAGAUGCUGUCAAGACGACACUAAGUCCUUGGUACAAACCGGAAAGAGCCUACGAGCGUCCCAUCGUCUCUCAAAGGCCAAGCUACUCACAAUCAGGCCAUGACCUCAGGGAGAACACGCCACCCAUGUCUGCUCCUUCAGGUGGGGACCAGUCUGUUCCACCAUCGCAAGGCUUUUCAGACGUCCCUUCGUCCCUUAACCGCCCGCCGUACAGCGAUGUGGAUCUCGCCUCUUACUUCCCGCCAGCUCUCGCAGAAUCGCCGUCUUCGCAGCAAGCAUACGAAUCAAGACAGAACUUUCAACCGCCGCCAUCACUCGAUGCAUACGCCAGUCGCAGCCCUCCUGCGUCGUCCUCUCAUGGCAACGCCUUUGAUUCCACGUCUUCGAUGCCUAUUGCGCCCCUAAACCUCAGUACGACCCUCCCGGGUACUCUUUCCAGCAUGCACUCCUCGCUUGAGACUCUGGCGUCCUCUCAUGAUACCCUUCGCCAUCUCACGGAACUCGCUAUCUCCUCCGAAGCUGCGCGCACAUCGGAAGAACUCGGUGCUCUUCGCGCCGUGGUCAAUGGUUUGCGAAUGCAUGUCCACGCGAUGAUGAUGGACAGAAACACGAACGCCAUGUACACUGCAGCAUCUCCAUCCUCCUUGGGCGGUUUCCUGUCGGAAGAAGAACGAAAUCGGUCGGCAGGCUGGGCGUUACCUCCGAGGUUUUACCCCCUCCCGCACCCUCUCCCUUCCCCUGGAUCUGGACCCUCACAUCCUUCUCACUCAUCGUCCUCGACCUCCAUUACGAAACUAUAGUCGGAGCAUGUCACAGCGACAACAACAACGACCGCGCACACGCACAUGCAAGCACACGAGCGUUCUCAUCGCAGACGUGCAUCACAUUGCUUUUCGGCCGUCCGUCUUCACACCGCAGCUCUUUUCUCGCCGGCUCCCUUGCUCAAGAAUUCCGCACGGUGCAUCUAACGGUAUCAUUCGAUUUCUACCCUCAUGCAUCGCAUUUCCCUUCAUCCAACGUAAUGUGGAGUCGCGUUUUUUAUCUCGCUGUGCUGCAUGGUUAAUUAUGUCCAUAACUAUGUGCACCCUCCGGCUAGGGCUUUGUAUUACCAUUGCCUAGCUCUGCCC